AUGGCUGAGGGAGAAUCUCACAAGCAUAAUAGGCUAAUGCAGAUGCACAGAGUGCACACAAUGACUCCGUCAAAAGCUGGCUGUUGGAUGUUGCCGAGAUUGCCUGGGAUGCAGAGGACAAAGGUGUCUUGUUGUGCUGGAUUAAGAAGAGAGCUGGGAGCUCUUUUGUGCUUUUGCGUUCCCUCUCACUGCCCACGAAAUCAACCGCCAAAGCCAUUUGAAGGGAUUGCUCGUGAAACUGAAAGGAAAUGUGGGAGAUUGCCGUUGGCUGUUAAAAUGGUGGCAGCAUCUCUGGAGUGCAAGAGAUUGUCAAGCGAAUGGCAAUCCAAAUUGCAGCAUAUAAAAGAGGCAUCUUCUACCAACGACCCAAUUAUGCAGAUUCUUCAGUUGAGUUAUGAUUCUCUCCCUGCUCAUCUUAAGCCUUGUUUUGCAUUUCUUUCUUUCUUUCCCGAGGAUGAGUUAAUAGAAUCCCAAUAUCUCAUAAACCUGUGGGUAGAAGAAGGAUAUAUUCAUCAGGGAGAGGACCAGCUAGAAAUUGGAUGGACAUAUAUAAGUCAUCUUUACAAUCUAUGUUUGCUCGAGAGUGCAGCAUGCUAUUAUGGCACUGGAUUUCAACGUCGUAAGCUAGAUACUAUGUACAUAUUGCAUGAUUUAGUUCUUGAUUUGGCCAUUAGUAUAUCAAAAGAAAGUAAAUGUGCAUUUAGUGUAGAGGAAGCCUUCAAGAAAGGUACAACUAGGGUUUUAAUGGUCAAAAAAAGCAUAGGCAAUGGUGAUGUACAUGUAAUGGCAAGUAACGGGGCAUAUUCUGCAUCACGCCUUCGCACUUUUUCUUUCUCUCAAAAUAAAAGCAUUCAAAAUAUUCCAGCAACCCUGCUUAGAGGUGCUAGAGUACUGCUCAUUCUUGACUUGAGUCGUACUAGCAUCUCAUCAUUGCCUGCUUAUGUUCAGCCUGCUUAUGUUGAAAAUUUGAAGCUCCUUAGAUUUUUGAAUUUAAGUGAGACAAACAUUGCUGAGGUCCCAAAAUAUGUAAGAAGUAACAAGAGUCUUCGCUUUCUUGACCUUUCCAACUGCUCUGGUCUAGAAAGGUUGCCUAACUGGAUUGGUGAACUGAAUUGUCUAGAACAUCUGGAUAUAAGUGGUUUCAGGGGAUUCAUGCCCAAGGAAAUAUCAAAACUUUGUAUCUUUAUGAGCACUGAGGACAUAUGA